AUGGCCCCGGAAAGGCAGCCAGACCUGCUAGCGGAGCACCCGCUGGCAACCAGCCUGCUCCAAAGAGACGUGCUGGCGAAGAGCCUUCUGGCCAGAAGCAUCCUCCGAAGAAACAUCCUGGCGGUCGUUGGCUCCAGAGGGAGCCUUUCAAACGCGUUCGUCAAAGACCUCAACUCCGAGAGCAGCCAAGACAAUACAAUCAAGAUGGCUCCCCGUACGAUCGCCGAGCGUGCUGCUGCCGGCGAGAUCCAGAGCGUCCAGGGUCUGUCCCGCGAGGAGCAAGGCGAGCUGCUCCUCUGGGCGAGGAGCCGGCAGCCGCAGAUGACGUACGCAGAGAUCAUCCGCCGGUACGGCUUCACUCUGACCGAGGGCGGCCUCCGCAACUGGCACUAUUUACUCGUCAACAACAACCCCCCACGCGAGGCGACUUUCACCGCCGACGACGACGAGCUUCUCCGACGAGCGGUCGCACUCUUCGCGACCGGCCCUCUCGACGACGAGAACAGCCUCAAGGGAAUUUGGCCCUCGGUCCGCGACUACCUCCGCAAGAAUGGAGCCGCGACCACAGCCGGGGUCCACAAGCUGAAGGAGCGCUGGGAGCAGAUUCGCAACCAGGGAGGCGCCGCCCAGGCUGGCAAGGCCAAGGUCCGUCUUGCCAGGUCGUUCAAGGUUCCCAACAGGGCUGGGCAGAGGCAGGCAUCUACUUCUUCCCAGACUUCCACCAGCCAGGCCGGAACGUCCAAUGGCAACGGCUCGGCCGGCGCGGGGGCCGACGCCGACCUCGCCUGGGAAGAGUACGAUCCUCUCUCCGAGAACGAGAUGAGGGAGGUGAUGGGAGGUGGCUCAUCUGACGAUGAGGACGAGGGCGAGGAGGAUGGAGCCGAGUGGGACGAGGGCGAGUACGAGCCUCUCUCGGAGACCGAGAUGAGGGAGGUUCUGGGUGAGGCCUCUUCUUCUUCUUCUUCUGAGGACGAGGAGGAUUGA